AUGGUUUCCUUCAUCCUCUGCCUUCUCCCUGCGCUCCUAGCUACAACGAGUGCACAAGCACAAACCGUGACGUGCCAGCAGUGCUCCGGCUCAGCAGACUCCUGCGAGCCUCCAGCAGGGACCUGCACAGCAGAGACGGCUAAAGGCGGUUGCAUUACGGUGGCAGAAGAAAACACACUGCAGGGGACAAAGACCACGGGCCUCUCCAGAGGCUGUUUGGAUGACUUCACUGGUGUCACAAAAGACCCUGUCACUGUCACUCUUGGGAAUGGCAAGUAUGUGAGGAUCAACAUCGCACAGUGCAGCAUAGAGACGUGCAACUCACCUGUACUGGACGUGCCCAUGGGGAGCACCACUGCGAACGAGCUGCAGUGCCCAACCUGCUUUUCUCUGAACUCUGAUCCAUGCAACAGCUCAGUCACCCCUUGUACGGGGGACAAGACCUAUUGCAUUGAUUUCGCUGGGACGAUACGGAGAGGUAAAUUCUGCCAGCUGGCCGCAGUGCGGGAGCUGCCCCGGGAAUCUCAUGGCUCAGGAACUCCCCAAAGGGCUGGAUCCACCCCUGGAGAUCAGCUGGUUCCAAACUCCAGCUUCAGUCUCGUGUGGAGCUGCAGAAAGGGGCGCAGGGGAGGCAGAAGAGGACCAGAUGCCCUCCCUGCCAUGGCCGGUUACAGCGAGAGCAGGGAGAGUACCGGGGGGUGGGAACGGGAGGCAGAGGUGGGAACCACUGGAUGGUGGAGACAGAGGGUCUGGGGGCAGAGAAGGAACCAGAGCUGCCUGCGCCUAAUAACAGGCUGGUUUUCUCCCUCAGGUACAACUGUUUCAGCACUUGUUGGAAAAGGAUGCGCUACCGAGUCCACAAAAGACAUUACAGCUGGAACCUCCCUGGUUUCUGCAGUCUACACGUACAACUUCACAAACGCAACCUCCAAACCUGCAGAGAACACACCCACCAGUGGGGCCAGCCUGUCUCUGGGGAAAUUCUCCUUUGCCCUCUACCUGCCUGGCCUGAUUGGGCUGCUGCUGGUGAAGCUGCUUUCCUGACCCCCACCCGGCACGGCCCACGCAGCACCUGAUUCCUGCGCGUUGCAGCCCGAGCUCUGAAUCGUACCUUAAUUCUGUUGAUUACUUACAAAUCCCCAGUGAUCACUCAGAGGUCUGACAGGCUCUAGUUCUAAGAUCGGGGCUGUAUUAUAAAAUUGCUGUUCAGUUGGGAACCCCCAUGGGGCUGGUUGCUGCCCUCGCACUGGAGGAAUCUUCUGUGUUUCUAACUGUUGAUCAGCUCAUUUAGCAGAGUCCCAAACGCUCCAGCCCAGCCCGGGGGACAGCGGUAAUACAGAAUGUCCAUCUGAACCGCCCCGUUCUAGCACUGCCCCUUGCAGAACAACCGGAAAUGUUAGUCAUUAUCUUCCUCCCCACCAGCACUUUCCUCCUCAGCACCUGGGGCCGUGAUCCGGGCACCCCCCAAAUGCUGCAUCUUGCUCGCCUCUUGCCCACAGGCUGGGGUGCAACUUUUGUAAUGUUACGCUGACGCCACUGUG